UUGGAAAAGAAAUGAAGACAUUAAACCUCUCUGAUGUUACUAAAGAAGACAGUGGAAUUUACACAUGUGUUGGCAAAAGUCACGUUAUAGCACAGGAUGAAAACUCAAUCAAAGUAACAGUUUACUAUAAACCUGUUGGUACAAGCAUUAAGUUCUCAUCGUUUCCAGCUGUGAUUAAUCAAUUCUUAACCGUAACAUGUGUAUCGUGUGGGCUUCCUGAUCCAACAAUCACCAUACUCCACAACGAUACAAAAGUUGCAAGUGGCAUGACGUAUAACAUAUUUCGAGUGAACUGGACUCAUGCAGGAAAGUACAAGUGCGUUGCAAAUAAUUAUUUGGGAAACGAGUCUUUUUCCAUAUUCCUACGGGUCAAUGAAAAUAAACAAGAAGAUUGCAAUAGUGGAACUGAGUGGUACAUCAUUCUUGUGACUUUGAUAUCUGGAAUUAUCAUCGGAAUCAUUCUUUCUUAUGUUGUCUUUCGUGUUCGUCGUGAAAAUAGAAAAUCUAAACUAUCAAAUCCUGGGCCUCAAACACCUCGCCUUGAUAAAACUUACCAAGAACUGGAUCUUAAAAAAAUGAACAAAGAAGACAAUUACCAGUCACUGAGGGUAAAUGCUGCGAGAAAUGACGGUGUAAACGACGAUGAGUCAAAUUACACCGAGUUAAAAAAAGCAAGAGAUGUCGAAAACAACUAUCAAUCUUUAACAUGAACCUGAAGUAAUUGACUUGACUUGAC